AUGUUAAUGUUAAGUCGAUUUAGCAGGUCAUAUUCCAGAGCGCUUCUCGAAGAGAGCGGUAUCGUUAUCAAGGAUCAGGGACCUAAGGCACCUCAACAUUCACAAGACGGGAUUAUUCAGAAUGACAGCGAUAGCCAAACUAGCAGUGCUCUUGAAACGGCGUCUUUAAUCAGUUGUGUUACUUGCUUAAGUGAUAACACAGAUUCGCGAGGCGGGAACUCAUUGUUGUUACCUCCUAAUACUGUUAUUCCAUAUAGCAAGAUUUUAGACGUUAGAUUGGUACCUAGAGACAGCGCGUCUUCUGGUAAGAAUGAUGUAUAUGAUAAAUAUCCAGAUUCUGAUGCCUCUAGACCGGUCGACGAUUGUGACAAAGUUCAUCAUGAGAUGAGUAUAGAUGCAUUCUACAGAAAAGCGUAUCAUCCGGAGCCGGACCAAGGUAUACUUGUGGAAGUGGUAUUUGCUAGACCCAGGCGGAACGACCUUGUUCCUAAAACAGUUACUUUGUUAAUUGAUAGAUCAUCUGGGUUGCUUUGCAAUGAAGAAAAUGUGGAUGUUGUUGAGAAGAUUUUGGAGCGAAGCUACAAAAAUACCAAACGUAACAAAUCCAUUCUUGUAAUAAUCAAUCCGCAUGGGGGUCGAGGUAGGGCCAACAAAAUAUACGUUACAAAGGCGAAACCCAUACUUAUAGCUAGUGGAUGUUAUGUUGAAGUGUUUCAGACUUCGUACCCGGAACACGCCAUUGAGAUAGCCAGGACAAUGGAUAUCGAUAAGUAUGACGUAAUAGCUUGUGCAUCUGGUGAUGGCAUUCCAUAUGAGGUGUUAAAUGGCUUGUACAGACGUGAAGAUCGUGCAAAGGCGUUUAAUAAGGUGGCGGUAACUCAGUUGCCGUGCGGCUCAGGGAACGCAAUGAGCGUUUCAUGCCACGGGACGAACAAUCCGGCAUAUGCUGCGCUAUCGUUAGUCAAGGCAGUUGAAGUUCGAAUGGAUGUGAUGUGCUGCUCUCAGCCGUCGUAUUUAGAUGGCCCUCGGCUUUCAUUCCUUUCUCAGACUUAUGGAGUUAUCGCCGAGUCAGACAUCAAUACGGAAUUCUUGAGGUGGAUUGGUCCAGCAAGGUUUGAACUGGGUGUGACAUUGAAUAUUUUCCAACGCAGGAAAUACCCUUGCGAGAUAUAUGUAAAAUAUGCUGCUAAGUCAAAAAACGAAUUAAAGGAUUAUUAUUUGUUACACAAGGCUCGCAUUAAGCAAAGCACUCUGAAAUUAGAUUUUGACUUUUCAAACACAGAUUCCGGUUCUUCUGAUGGAUCAUGCUCCGGAGAUUCUAUAGAUGAAACGCUAUUUGAGCCUAAGUGGUCUUUGGAUGAUCCUGUACCAUCGGAUUGGGAGAUGAUUGACCAAGAUCUAGCUGAUAAUAUAGGUAUAUUCUACGUUGGUAAAAUGCCAUACGUUGCAGCUGAUACUAAAUUUUUCCCUGCUGCAUUACCGGAUGAUGGAAGUAUGGAUAUGGUGAUUACUGACGCAAGAACGCCGUUAACCAGAAUGGCACCAAUAUUACUAUCGUUAGACAAAGGAUCCCAUGUCUUGCAACCCGAAGUUGAACAUUCCAAAAUUUUCGCCUACCGCUUGGUGCCCAAGUUAAAGAAUAGCGUAAUAUCGGUAGAUGGUGAGAAGUUUCCCUACGAGACUUUACAAGUUGAAGUAUUGCCAAGAUUAGUGAAGAUGUUGUUGAAAAAUGGCAACUAUGUAGAAACAGAAUUCAACAUAUUAUGA